AUGUCUUCGGAACCGCUGUAUCCCGCUUAUCUGCCCACCCGCUCUGACGGGUACAUGGCGCCCGUGCCGGUUCCCCUCUUUGACGCGGACGAGCCUGGUCUGAGGGCUGACGCCGCUAAGACGAAUCUGUUCAAGGGCGGGCGCGUUGAGAAUAUCACGCCGCGUGUUGGGACGGAGAUUCGAGGUGUGCAGAUUAGUCAGUUGGAUCAGAAGGGGUUGGAUGAGUUGGCUUUGUUGGCUGCUGAGAGGGGAGUUGUAGUUUUUAGAGACCAAGAUUUUAAAGACAUUGGGUUUGAUAAGCAAAAAGAGAUUGUGAGGCAUUAUGGACCGCUUCAUCAACAUCCGACUAUGGGAUAUCCAAAGGGUACUGGGCCUGAGUUUCAUGUUGUUUACGCAGAUGAAAAGUCCGGGAACCUGAGAAAACUGCUUGGCCCACGAACAACAUACGAUCUCUGGCAUGUUGACCAAACCUUUACACCCAACGUCCCAUCAACCAGUUUCUUCUGGGUUCUCGAGAUCCCCUCAUCGGGCGGCGGCGACACAGCAUUCACAUCUCUCACAGCAGCAUACGAAGCCCUCUCGCCCGCUUUCAGACAAACCCUAAGAAACCUCAAACUUCAUCACACAUCCGCUUCAGAAGGCGAGGUCAAACGCGUAGGUCAAGAACGUGCGUUGGCAGAAGCAAUCAACACGACGCAUCCGCUAGUCAUCAAACACCCGGUCACAGGCAAGCCUUCACUUUUCGUCAACCCUACGAUUGCGCGACAAGUAGAAGGUUUUCUACCUGAGGAGUCAGAUCAUUUGCUGUCGUUUCUUAAAAAUCAUAUUCGCAGUUUGGAUUUUAGCUGUAGAGUGAAGUGGGAGACGGGGAUGGUUGUGGUCUGGGAUCAAAGGACGGUGGCGCAUUCAGCGGUGCCGGAUUUCCAGGAUAAUGAGAGGAGGCAUAUGGUGAGGAUCAUUCCUUAUGGGUCGCAGCCACAGCCUGCCUUCCAGUAG